GUUGACGGUUUGACCUGUGACCUGAUCUGGCUUUAAGAACACACCCUCUUCUUCCCGAUCUAGCCGGAACCGACAACUGGCAUAUCGGCGAAGAAUGGGGGCGAUGUGGCGGUGCCUGUUCUGUUUCCUCCUUCUCCAGUCUCUUCCGGAGGUGAACAUGGCGGUGGCCGCGGAGAGCACCUGCCCACUUAAUCUGAGUUUUGUGUCGACCUUCCCCUGGGACGACGCCACCUGCCUCCCCCCCGCCACCAAUCUCACCGACUGCUGCCUCACCCUCCUUAGCCUCUUCGGCAUGGGCACCGCGCAGCGCCUGCACGACACCGGCUUCUUCCGCCUGCCCGACGACCCCACCGCCGCCGCCUGUCUUUCCGACUACCAAUCCAACAUCUCCGCCGCCCGCCCUCACCUCUCCCCCUCCAUCGUCUCCACCUGCUUCCCCUCCCCCGACCAAUUCAUCUCCACUUGCGCCGGAAUCCACACCGUCCGCGACUGGAACGCUCGCAUCGGGAACUCAUCCAGCCUUAACGCCGCCUGCGACGGCGACCUCACCGACCUUGCUAGAUGCGACGCCUGCGUCAGAGCCGGAUUCAACGUCACUGCCGCCCUCACUGCCCUCGACGGCAACACCUCCAGCGCUACCCGCUGCUUCUACCUCACCGUCAUCUACGCCUCCGGCGUCGUCAACCAGCUCGGCCCCGAGGAUCCCCGAGCCGCCAGCUGCAUCCUCGGCCUCGCCCUCUCCUCCCCCGCCCCCAACCGUCAUAAAUCCCACUCCGCUGCAAUCUUCGCCUCCGUCUUCGGCGCUCUCGGUUUCCUCCUCGUCGCCGGCGCCAUCGCCCUCUUCGCGUGGCGAUACCGCUUCAAGAAGAAGAAGAAAAACAGCAUCUCGACCUUGUCGGGGAAAAGCUCGAGAUCGUACCCGCGGCCCAACACCGGCUCGAUCUGGUUCGACAUCCAGGAGCUGGAAAAGGCGACCGCCGGCUUCUCGCAGGGCAACUUCAUCGGGCGCGGCGGAUUCGGCGUCGUCUACAAAGGCACCCUUCCAGACGGCACCAUGGUCGCCGUCAAGAAAGUGCUGGAGCCGGACGUGGACGGCGGCGACGAGGAGUUCCGCAACGAGGUGGAGAUCAUCAGCCAUCUCCGGCACCGGAAUUUGGUCUCUUUGAGAGGGUGCUGUAUCUCGCAAGACGUCAACGCCGAGGAAGGCAAGCAGAGGUACUUGGUCUUUGAUUACAUGCCCAACGGGAGUCUCAACGACCACAUCUUCGGCAACUCCGGCAGGAUGAGGAAGCCCCUGACGUGGUCGCAAAGGAAGAGCAUCGUACUCGACGUGGCCAAAGGGCUGGUGUACCUCCACUACGGGGUGAAGCCGGCGAUCUACCACCGCGACGUCAAGGCCACCAACAUAUUGUUGGACGGCGAGAUGAGGGCGCGGGUUGCCGACUUUGGAUUGGCGAAGCAGAGCAAGGAAGGGGAGUCCCACCUCACCACCAGGGUCGCCGGAACCCACGGGUACCUGGCACCGGAGUACGCGCUCUACGGGCAGCUCACGGAGAAGAGCGACGUCUACAGCUUCGGCGUCCUCCUGCUCGAGAUCAUGAGCGGCCGGCGGGCCUUGGACAUGAGUGCGCCGGCGAAUAUGGUGUUGAUCACAGAUUGGGCGUGGACCUUGAUCAAAGAGGGAAGAACAGAGGAGGUUUUCGACGCGGCGUUGACUAGGAACGAGGACGACGACGGCCGACCACGGCAAUUGCCUAAGGGAGUGAUGGAGAGGUUCGUGCUGGUCGGCGUCCUGUGCGCGCACGUGAUGGUGGCCGUCCGGCCGACGAUACUGGAGGCGCUGAAGAUGCUGGAGGGGGACGUGGAGGUGCCGGAGGUUCCGAACCGGCCUCCGGCCAUCGCUCUCGUCUACGGCGACGGCAGCACCUUUGCCGCUUCUCCUGCCUCGACCGGGCGUUCCCUGGACACCAGAGAGAUGCUCAGGUAGCUCAAUUGGGCUCGUCAAGAACAGACAUUUCUUCAGCAAAAAAAAAAAGAGGAAAUUUGCGUUCCCAAAGUUUUCAAUUUUAUCACCUUAAAUUGUGAGGGAAAAGUCAAUCAUUCUUCUGAAAAAUCCUUUUUACUCAAAUCUGGUUGUUUGAAAUUCUUUCAUGUCUUGAUGCAAAUCUUUAUCCGUAGCCAAAUUAGUAGAAUCUAUCGGACAAGCAAGUUCUUGUUUC